AUGAAGUUCCUCCUUGUACUCUGUGCCCUAGUAGCCUUCGCUUUUGCAAACUACGGCGUCAGCAAUGACAACUACCAUGUGGGAGGCUAUGGACAUCAUGAUAACUAUAUCGACAGUCCAUUCUACAAAGAGCCGCAUCACAAACACCGCCGUGGAAGACACGGAAGACACGGAAGACGUCAUCGUGGAGGCCGUAGUUCUUCGUCUUCUUCAAGUUCAAGCUCCGAAUCUCGCUCUUAUGAGUCUCGCUCGUACGAGAGAGAUUACUAUCCAUACCCACACCAUGUGCCAAGCUAUGGAAAUGUUGCUCAUGAGGCUCCAGCUGCUACAGCUUACGGAUCUCCAUCCAACGAUGUUCCUGCUCAAGCUCCAUACGGUGUGAACACAUUUGGAAAGAAGUAA